AACUUCAUACGCUGACAUUUAUGGCGUCGUGUUUUCAUUAUUGCGGACAUUGAUAGUAUAAUUAACAUUUUGCAAUUAAUUGAAGGUUUCCUACAUCGUUUGUGUUGUAAAAUCGUAACUACUUGAUAAUUUACUUGCUGGUUACAGCAAACUGUCGACCGAAAAUGAGUUUUUCCAGCGAUGAAGUCAAUUUCCUUGUUUACCGUUAUCUGCAAGAAUCUGGUUUUAACCAUUCGGCCUAUACGUUCGGCAUCGAGUCCCACAUAUCGCAGAGCAACAUAAAUGGAGCUUUGGUACCACCAGCAGCAUUGUUGUUAAUGCUACAAAAGGGACUGCAAUACACUGAAGCCGAAAUAUCGAUUGCGGAAGAUGGCACAAUCACUCGUCUAACCGAAGGACUGAGUUUAAUUGAUGCGGUCAUGCCGGAAGUGAAAUUCCAAAAAGUUCCAAUUAAACCAACCGAAAUCAAACAAGACACCAUCAAAACGGAACCAGUUGCCGACACAAAUGGAGGAGAACCGGUUGCAGCGGCACCAGCCAGCACAGAAAACAUGGACGUUGAUCAGAGCAUUGAAAUACCGCCAUCAAAAGCCACUGUUUUGCGUGGACAUGAAAGUGAAGUGUUCAUUUGUGCAUGGAAUCCCAGUACCGAUCUCUUGGCUAGUGGUUCCGGUGAUAGUACAGCCAGAAUUUGGGAUAUGUCCGACAAUUCAACGAGCCCGAAUCAAUUGGUUUUGCGGCAUUGCAUUCAAAAAGGCGGUACAGAGGUGCCUAGCAACAAAGACGUCACAUCGUUGGAUUGGAACUGUGACGGUAAUCUACUAGCUACUGGAAGUUAUGACGGAUACGCCCGUAUUUGGACUACUGAUGGACGGCUAGCCAGCACAUUGGGGCAGCAUAAAGGACCGAUUUUUGCGCUAAAGUGGAACAAACGCGGGAAUUAUAUUUUGUCAGCUGGGGUUGAUAGGACCACAAUCAUUUGGGAUGCAGCUACUGGACAAUGCACACAACAAUUCUCUUUCCAUUCGGCUCCAGCAUUGGAUGUCGAUUGGCAAACAAACACUUCGUUUGCCAGUUGCAGUACAGAUCAACGCAUUCACGUGUGUAAGCUUAGCGUCGACAAGCCAAUCAAGUCUUUCCAGGGACACACGAAUGAAGUGAAUGCCAUUAAAUGGGAUCCCCAAGGCCAGCUGUUAGCUUCGUGUUCCGACGACAUGACAUUAAAGAUUUGGUCAAUGAAACAGGAGACAUGCGUACACGAUCUGCAGGCUCAUUCAAAGGAAAUUUACACAAUCAAAUGGUCACCAACGGGACCAGGCACAUCCAAUCCCAAUAUGAAUCUGAUUCUGGCUAGUGCGUCAUUCGAUUCGACAGUACGACUGUGGGAUGUAGAACGUGGCGCCUGCAUACACACGCUAACCAAGCAUACCGAACCGGUAUAUUCGGUUGCCUUUAGUCCAGAUGGCAAAUACUUGGCAUCGGGUAGCUUUGACAAAUGUGUGCACAUUUGGAGCACCCAAAGUGGGCAGCUGGUGCACAGCUACAAAGGAACUGGAGGAAUAUUCGAAGUUUGCUGGAAUUCACGCGGCAGCAAAGUUGGUGCUAGUGCUUCAGAUGGAAGUGUUUUCGUUUUGGAUUUGAGAAAAUUAUAACAACAAUCGUGCGGCGUUUAAAGACGAUCGUUUGGCAAUGUGUUGCGACAACAUCGCUCAUUACUUUUAGUGUAUAUUGUCAUCACAGCCAAUGUGUAGUGUAACCGGCGUCAUUAUUAUUUUAUAUAUAUUAUGUACCGCUACACAGCAGUGACUGUAACUCUUCGUAUUCUUUUUCUUAUUAAACAAAAAUAAAAUUUUAUUUCACAUCA